AUGGGAACAACAAUCGAACAAUACCGGUCAAGGAUCAGCUGUCACAACAAUUUUGUCAAAGCCAAGGAUGCGUUUUCCCUUGUGCGAGGGCGAUUUCGGAAUAUGAUACUUACGAUGUUUUACUUAAAUGUGUUUUACUUGCCAACAUUAAAACAGGUUGUUGGACGUUACAAGUCGUGGAAUGAGGUGACGUUUUGGUUUACACCAAUGAGGUGCUAUAAUGUUUACAUCCCAUUGCUUAUAAGGCAAGCAAAUAAUGUGGAAAAUCCAGGUCCUACAAUAUUUGAUAUCAUUGAUCCAACAGCCACUGUGUGA